GUCCGUUCCAGCCACAGCCCGAGCUUCCCUGCGUGGCCACGCCUCCCCAGGCCCCGCAAGGGUUAAAGCAGCUGAGAGCAGAGGUUUGGGCUGACGUCGCUCUCGCUUAAGGUGGUUCCCUGGGAUGAGGAUGGGAGAGCCUGGCGAGCUGAAACCCGAGCUCCCGCUCAGCUGGGGCUUGGGGAGGUCCCUGUAAGAACCGCCUGUCCGCCAGCCUCCCGAGGUCCCUCCCCAGCAGUCACUCCUGGUACCCGCCGCGGGAACGAUGGAGCUGGGCUGGUGGACGCAGUUGGGGCUCAUUUUUCUGCAGCUCCUACUCAUCUCCUCCUUGCCAAGAGAGUACACGGUCAUUAAUGAAGCGUGCCCCGGAGCCGAGUGGAAUAUCAUGUGUCGGGAGUGCUGUGAAUAUGAUCAGAUUGAAUGUAUCUGCCCUGGAAAGAAGGAAGUCGUGGGGUAUACCAUCCCUUGCUGCAGGAAUGAGGAGAAUGAGUGUGACUCCUGCCUGAUUCACCCAGGUUGUACCAUUUUUGAAAACUGCAAGACCUGCCGAAACGGCUCGUGGGGGGGCACCCUGGACGACUUCUACGUGAAGGGGAUCUACUGUGCUGAAUGCCGGGCCGGCUGGUACGGAGGAGACUGCAUGCGAUGUGGCCAGGUUCUGCGAGCCUCGAAGGGACAGAUUUUGUUGGAGAGCUACCCCCUAAACGCUCACUGCGAAUGGACCAUUCACGCCAAACCUGGGUUUAUCAUCCAGUUAAGGUUUGUCAUGUUGAGCCUGGAGUUUGACUACAUGUGCCAGUAUGACUAUGUUGAGGUCCGUGACGGAGACGGCAGCGAUGGCCAAAUCAUCAAGCGUUUCUGUGGCAACGAGCGGCCUGCUCCCAUCCGCAGCACGGGCUCCUCGCUCCACGUCCUCUUCCAUUCUGAUGGCUCCAAGAAUUUUGAUGGCUUCCAUGCCAUUUUUGAGGAGAUCACAGCAUGUUCCUCGUCCCCUUGUUUCCAUGAUGGCACUUGUCUCCUUGACCAAACCGGGUCUUACAAGUGUGCCUGCCUGGCAGGCUACACCGGGCAGCGCUGUGAAAACCUCGUCGAAGAAAGAAACUGCUCCGACCCGGGGGGCCCCGUCAAUGGGUACAAGAAAAUAACUGGAGGUCCUGGGCUCAUCAAUGGACGCUAUGCAAAAAUUGGCACUGUUGUAUCCUUCUAUUGUAACAACUCGUAUGUUCUUAGUGGCAACGAGAAGAGAACUUGCCAGCAGAAUGGAGAGUGGUCAGGGAAGCAGCCCAUAUGCCUAAAAGCCUGCCGAGAACCAAAGAUCUCAGACCUGGUGAGACGGAGAGUUCUUCCAGUGCAGGUUCAGUCAAGGGAGACGCCGUUACACCAGUUGUACUCAUCAGCUUUCAGCAAGCAGAAGUUCCAGGGUGCCCCUACCAAGAAACCAGCCCUCCCCUUUGGAGACCUGCCCACUGGGUACCAACAUCUGCACACCCAGCUCCAGUAUGAAUGCAUUUCGCCUUUCUACCGCCGACUGGGCAGCAGCCGGAGGACAUGUCUGAGAACUGGAAAGUGGAGUGGGCGUGCCCCGUCCUGCAUUCCUAUUUGUGGGAAAACUGAGAAUGUCACUGCUCCAAAGAGCCCGGGGCUGCGCUGGCCAUGGCAGGCGGCUGUCUACAGGAGGGCCAGCGGGGUGCAUGGUGGCAGCCUGCUCAAGGAUGAGUGGUUCCUGGUGUGCAGCGGUGCCCUGGUGAAUGAGCGUACUGUGGUGGUGGCUGCCCACUGCGUCACUGACUUGGGGAAGGUCACCAUGGUCAAGACAGCAGACCUCAAAGUUGUCCUGGGGAAGUUCUACCGGGAUGAUGACCGGGAUGAGAAGACCAUCCAGAGCUUGCGGAUUUCAGCAAUCAUUCUGCACCCCAACUAUGACCCCAUCCUGCUGGACGCUGACAUCGCCGUCCUGAAGCUCCUCGACAAGGCUCGCAUCAGCACCCGCGUCCAGCCCAUCUGCCUCGCGGCCACGCGGGACCUCAGCCCCUCCUUCCAGGAGUCCCACAUCACCGUGGCCGGCUGGACCGUCCUGGCGGAUGUGCGGAGCCCCAGCUUCAAGAACGACGCGCUGCGCUCGGGGGUGGUCCGGCCAGUGGACGCGCUGCUGUGUGAGGAGCAGCAUGAAGAGCGCGGCAUCCCUGUGAGCGUCACGGACAACAUGUUCUGUGCCAGCCGGGACCCCGCUGCCCCUUCUGACAUCUGCACGGCAGAGACGGGGGGCAUCGCGGCCGUGUCCUUCCCGGGACGGGCGUCCCCUGAGCCGCGCUGGCAUCUGGUGGGGCUGGUCAGCUGGAGCUAUGACAAGACAUGCAGCCACAGCCUCUCCACCGCCUUCACCAAGGUGCUGCCUUUUAAAGACUGGAUCGAGAGAAACAUGAAAUGAGCCUCGGGCCCACCGAGAAGCUUUUCUGGGCGUCCGUCCAUGCGUGUGUUGCACGAGGCAGUGUGGACCUGACUGACGUGUGAGUCUGCCUGUGAUUUGGGCUGCGUCAGGGCUUCUGAUUUCAAGGACAAAACUGGUGGAGGAUGAGGAGAGCUCACUUUCUGUUAGGCUCCUGCCGCCCUGACUGCUUGCUUGGACCAUUGGGAAAGCACCUGCUUGCAAGAACCGAGUGUCUUAAAAAACAAAAACAAAAAC